CGGUACCUGAACUGUACAGAGGUGAUCAUUCUGACCCUGGGGGUGCGCGAGUGUGUACCUUCCCGUGCAGGUGCUUGUUUCCUGUCGACCAAAGUGGCGUCCCUUCCUUUUCGAUUCAAAGCCGGCGGCGACGGAAAGAUGCCGGGCGCAGUGGGCGGGGUUCACUCCCACAGGCCGACGACUAAGACGUCGCACAAGCCGUUCAAGUCCCGGACGGCAACCAAGGGCCAACUGCGCGACGCCGCAAAAGGCAGGAUCGCCGGUGAAAAGGGACUGCGCAAGACGCCACACCAGCAGGUCAUGUCGAAGCUCGACCGACGAAACCAGGCCCGGCAGCGGCAGUUGGAGAAGGCCCGCGAACACCAAAAGGAGACCUCUCUCUUCACCGGUAAAGAUGGGGCUCCGCGCAACGUCGCCGUUAUUCCGCUCUGCGGAGACUGCGACGCCGCCGCCGCCAUCCAAAGCCUGAAUGGGAGCGUCGACAUCGAGACUGAGGUGCACGAUGGGUGCUUCCGGGUACCGGUGGACAGGUUCAAGCAGAAGCUGCAGUAUAUCCCCCUGAAGAGGGAUCUCACUGCGUGCCUGGAUGCUUCCCGGGUCGCCGACUUUGUCGUGCUCAUCCUCUCGGCCCAGGUCGAGGUCGACCCCUUGGGCGAGCUGAUCCUGCGGAGCGUCGAGAGCCAGGGCAUGUCGACUCUGUUCACUGUUGUCCAGGGACUCAACAGGAUCGAGCCGGCCAAGCAGAGACUCUCGGUCGUCUCCUCCCUCAAAUCGUACAUUUCCCACUUCCAUCCGGAGCAGGAGAGGAUCUACAACCUCGAUAGCCGGCAAGAAUGCACAAACUUGAUGCGUUCAUUAUGCAGCACCACACCAAAGGGCAUCAGGUGGAGAGAUGAGCGGAGUUGGAUGCUGGUCGAGGACAUCGAGUGGGCGACAUCGGCAACGGGGCCCACCGUGCUCACCGGUGUGGUCCGGGGCAAGGGCCUGAAGGCUGAUCGGUUAGUGCAAGUGGGCGAUUGGGGCACCUUUCAGAUCGAGAAGAUUACUUCAGCGCCGCUUGUGACGCGGAAGAAAAGAAAGGGAGAGGAUGCCAUGAACAUGGAUGAUGAUGCCGCCACCGAGGAGACGCUUGAGCUACCCACCGAGGACCAGGAUGGUCUCGAUGACCUCGCACCGGAGGAGGCGCCAAUGGAGGGUGAUGAUGAUGAGGAAAUGGACGCCGCGACGACUGCAACCACCUCCAAGAAGGGAGUUCUUUUGGACGACCACCACUAUUUCUCGGACGACGACCACGUGCAGGAGCUGCAUAUGCCGAAAAAAGUUCCCAAAGGCACAUCGAAGUAUCAGUCCGCCUGGUUCUUGGACGACGACAAUGCAUCCGAUUCGGGCUCUGACUUGGAGGAUUACGAGAUGCAAGACGCUGAGGGCGCCGAAGAGGAAGCGAGGCCGGAAGAUGGAAUGGAGGGUCUUGCUGGUGAUUCCAUGACAGAGGCUGGCCCAUCAGAAUACCCUCAGUCAGUAGCUUUCAAGGAGCCCGACGAGGAUGAGGACGCAAGAGGGUUGGAAGCCUACCGCAAGAGCAAGCGGACGGAAGCUGAGGACGACCUGGAGUUCCCUGAUGAGAUAGAGCUUCAUCCCAACGUACUCGCACGGGAACGGCUGGCUAAGUACCGUGGACUCAAAAGCUUGCGGACAAGCCCUUGGUUGGAGGACGAGGACCGGGCGUUUGAGCCCGACGAUUGGCAGCGGUUGCUCCGGGUUUCCGACUACCAGGCAUCCCGGGUCAGAGUGGCUCGCGAGGCCCUAGUUGGCGGUGUGGCCCCUGGGACUCGCGUCCACGUUUACCUCAAAGGAGUGCCGGUGGCGAUCCAGAAGUCCUACGACCCGACACGUCCUGUUACCCUCUUCUCGCUAUUAAGGCACGAGCACAAGCGGACUGCUGUCAACAUACUGAUCAAUCUCGGCUCCGACUACCCAACCUCAAUCAAGGCGAAGGAGGAGCUAAUUGUGCAGUACGGCCCUCGGAGGUUCGUUAUCAACCCUCUAUUCUCCCAGGGCGGAAGCACACCCAACGACGUCCACAAGUACUGCCGGUACGUGCACCCUGGCCAGUCUGCCGUGGCGACCUUCAUGGGUCCCGUUACAUGGGGCUCGGUUCCGACUCUCUUUUUCAAGCGGACCGCUCCGGGUACUGAAGCGGAAGCCGGAAUGGAAGACAGCGAAGGGCCCAGUCUGCCCCUCACGCUCGUUGCCACAGGGACCACGCUGCCGCCCUCGACGUCGCGUGUUAUUGCCAAGCGGGCCAUCCUCACCGGCCACCCAUACCACAUCCACAAGAAGAUCGUGACCAUCCGCUACAUGUUCUUUAACCGGGAGGAUGUCGAGUGGUUCAAGGCGUUGCCUCUGUGGACCAAGAGAGGGCGCAGCGGAUAUAUCAAGGAGCCUCUCGGCACACAUGGUUAUUUCAAAGCGACUUUUGAUGGGCGGAUCAAUCCGCAGGACUCUAUCGGUGUCAGUCUGUAUAAGCGAGUGUGGCCGCGCAUUGCCAGGCCACUGGACGGUUUGUUGCUCGAUCCGUCGCUUGUACAAGAUGGACAGGCGGACGCGAUGGAUGCAGAUGUUGAGUGAUGGAACUGGUUACUUAUAGACUUACCCAGCAGGGCUUGGCGCAGCGGUUUACGACAGUGUUCUGGAAUAAUGAGGUUAUGAUCAGCACGUACCGAGUUUACCUC